AUAGAUAUUCUUUUGAACUUUUUCUGUACCAUAUUGCAAUACUUAAACAAAUCUACGCGAACAGUUGAUUCCGCAAAAUUAAUGAGGCAAGCCGCCGAGAUAUUAAACUCACCUGCUGCUAUGCAAAUUCGCUACCUUGAAACGAUGAGCUCAAUGUCAAAAGCUGCAGGAACAAAGGUCAUUUUCAUGCCCUAUAAUUCAGACGGAACUGGUACUAUUGGUACGAGUGGCGCUAGUUCGUCCAAUGGUAAACUUGAUCCUUUAACAGCUUCGGUUUACCAAACGAUGUCUGAACA